AUGUCUUCCAGUUCUCGGCGCCAGCCUCCAUUAUGGCCCUCUCAUAUCCAGUAUAUCAAUGCCCCUCGUUAUCAUCCUUCUGUGCCGGGCCCCGUGCGCUCUUUUCUGAUCAGUGGCACUAAUCCCGCCCCCCAAAAAACCCCAAUUUCAUUUCCUCCGACAUAUCUAGUUCGCAUAAGGUACAUCACAGAACCUUCUCACCCUGCACGAGGACAGAACGGCCUUUUUGCUGUUCGAAAGAUACUUCCUAGGUCACACAUCAUUGACUAUAUUGGAGAAGUGCAUUGCCAGGAUAGAGCUGGCUCCGACUACGAUCUUUCACUUUUCCGGUCAGAGGAUGGGGAUAAUGUUGGUAUAGAUGCCAGCGUCAUGGGCAAUGAGGCUAGGUUUGUCAAUGAUUACCGCGGUAUUCGAAGCAAACCCAAUGCUGUUUUUGUGGAGAGCCGUACAUCCGUACAAAAGGGCGAUGAGAUCUUGGUAUCCUAUGGAAAAAAUUGGUGGCGCUCCCGAACAGCCCAAACAAACGCGUUACCCGAUUUCGCUUGA